UAUAGAAGUAUUUUGGCACGAGGCCUUUUAAUGAGCCUUGUUGAGAUUUGGAGGGCAUAGUUGUGGCGUGACAUGAAACAGUAAACAGAAUAACAGAUACAAAACAAACAAGACGUGAUAACCUUCAAUGAUUAAUGUAUUUGUACGAUACUUAGGCCUACUUCAUUUUUAACGAACUUUAGAAAUAUUUUUUUGUAAAUGAAUAACGUGCUUUGUUUAGUUCCAAUAAUCGUUUUAGCAACUACAUGGCUGUACUUUUUAACAUGCUUGACACCUGAAAAUGCAAAUGGUUCUGUAAAACUCAAUUUCCCUACAAGUCUACAAGAACUGAGGGAACUAGCUUCUCUACUUGAGUCGUACUAUAAGCAAAAUAGCUACUAUGUGAUCGUGCUGUUCUGCAGUGCCUACUUAUACAAGCAAGCUUUCAUCAUUCCGGGAUCAGUUUUCAUGAAUGUUCUGGCUGGGGCAUUAUUUGGUGUGAUGAAGGGAUUCCCACUGUGCUGUGUGCUGACUGCUGUGGGAGCCACUUGUUGUUACCUCAUGUCUCGCACGUUUGGUUCCUCUGUUCUCCACAAAUACUGCCCAGCACAAAUCAAAUUCCUUCAAGAAAAGGUUAACAAAAAUGCAGACCGGUUGGUGUAUUAUCUGCUGUUUCUGAGGCUGUUUCCUAUGACUCCGAACUGGCUGAUCAACCUUCUGUCUCCAAUCGCAGGAGUCCCACUCCACCUUUUCUUCCUUACCGUGCUGAUCGGUCUGAUGCCGUACAACUUCCUGUGUGUGCAGGCAGGGGGCAUGUUGGCAUCCCUGCGGACACUGGAAGACGUGUUUAGCUUCACAACACUGCUACAGUUGGCAACAAUUGCAGUGGUGGCCCUCGGUCCCAGUUUUCUCCUGAAACGGAACAAUACCUUCAGAGACUCAUUCAGAGAGGUUGACACCACCACAGAAACCAAAAAGUCACAGUGAUUCUUUUUAAUAUAUGUAUAUAUACAAACAUUUCGCGAGUUCUGGAAAAAAGGUUGUGAAUAGUUAUAUUACAUAGCUUUAAUUUAGAAGCUAGUUACUAUAAUUUUAUUUAUUUUGUUACCAGAUUACUGGGGAAAACUUGAAACAUAACAUUUUUAUAUUUAGUUCCCUUAGUUCAGUCAAUACACAGAAUAAAACUGUACUGUUCAUAGUCUAUAGUGGCCAAAAAUGAUUUCCAGUUUGCAUGUAGCCUAAGAAUGCAUACAAUUUUUAAUAUUAUGAGUUGUUCAGUCUUCAAAUGACUGUUGGAUUUAUUUGGUGAUAAUUUCUACACUGCUGUUACAUAAUAUCUUCUUUUUCAUUAUUAUGACAGCUAACUAAAAUUGGUCUAUGUAAGAUACUCUGUUCAUAUAAUAAGAAAUCUGCGGUGCUAGUUAUGGUGCUUAUCAAUUACUCUGUUCAGAGUUGCGCUUGUGUGGACAUUGCAAAUUAUCUAAGGAGAGUUACCAAAGUCAACAUUAAUCAUAAAGUUUUGUUUUAAACAUUCAAUACUUUACUUUUAUGACUAAAUACUAUAAUAAAGUUGUAAUUUGUUGCUUUUGGCUUACACUUGCAUACUAUAAAUGGCCUCAAACCUGUCAAUAAGAGGAAAAUUAUAAAAGUGCCAUUGAUGUUUACAUUUGUGUGACAUGUCAAUGAAUGCUUACAUUAACAUCAUCAGUUUAAUGCUGAAUAUUAUUCACUUCAAAAGGAUUUGUUUUUAAAAGUUGAAGUGACAUAAAAAGUGGUAACAGCGUCAUUGAAUAAGCCUUUUGUCUUUGUCAACUCUAGCACAUGUCACGUGAAAUUUAUGUAUGCCAUUUUCUGUGCCACUAGAGUGUUUGUGUAAUCAAUGUUUUUGCAGCAUUUGUUUGUGUCUAAACUGUAAACUGAGAGAUUUUGCAUACUGUGAUGUAUUCAACUAAAGGUAGGAAACAAUGAAAUUGAAAUGUAAAUAAGGAUAUAUUUAUAAAAAAACUGGUAUUUAUAACAAUUUAUGUAUACACUGUUAUUUACAUGAUUAUUAAAUAAAACACGUUUUCAUAUAA